AUGGCUGAAAGAAAAUUUGACUUACGAGGGUGGGAGCACUCUAGCCCAUCUGAUCCAAUAACAAGUCCUACAAUUAUCCUGGGAACGAUUUGGGACAGACAUUGUGAUACUCUUUCAAUAAAUAUUCCUGAUUUGAGAGAACUAAUGGAAGAGGUAAUCACGAAAAGAAAUAUUCUUGCUGCUUCCCACAAAGUGUUUGAUCCCUUGGGGAUUACCAGUCCAGUGUUGCUACUACCAAAACUCUGGCUACAAAAUUUGUGGAAAUCUAAAAUCGGUUGGGAUGAAGAAGUAGAUCUAAAAACACGUCAAGAUUUUCUGAAGUGGCUAAUGGAGCUGGAAUAUUUGAAGCAUGUUAAAAGUAAAACCAGAAUUGCACCUUGUGGAAAAAAGGAAACAACUAUUGCAAGGCUGGAACUUCUUGGUGCUGCUAUAUCUGCUCGUCUUUCUUCCACUGUCUUGAAAGAGUUUCCAACAGACAAUGUUUAUUUCUGGACAGACUCUACUACAGUGCUAGCUUGGUUGAAGAGAGAAGAACCGUGGGGUGUAUUUGUUUACAACCGUGUUCAAGAAAUUCGGAAGCUGACACCAGUCAAAGCCCGGAGACACGUUCCUGGAACACUGAAUCCAGCGGACUGUCCAAGUAGAGGGUGUUCAGCGAAGCAGCUUUGCAAUUCGAAAUGGUGGGAAGGUCCCAGUUGGUUGUAUCUUUCGUCUCAUGAAUGGCCUGUUAGUGAUGUGGUAGUAGAUGUCAACGAGGAAGAAGUGAAUAAAGAGAGAAGAGCUAUCGUGACCUCUAUGAUGAAUAUUCAAAGAACAGGUAUUAAGAGUGAUUAUUUUUCCACCUAUAGUAGAAACAUUAGAGUAGUGGCAUGGAUUCUACGUUUUAUUCAUAAUGUUUCGAAUGCAACCAAGUUAAAAGGAAGCUUAGUCUAUGAAGAAUUCAGACAAGCAGAGAUUUUCUAUUUCAAGUCCAUGCAGUCAAAUGCCUUUCAAGAUGAGAGACUUCUUGCUAAAAUGCAAGCAUUUAAAGAUGAAGAUGGGCUUCUGAGAAUAAGAACCAAACUGGCAGAUAGUUGUGAGAAGGAAGAUUUCAAGUUCCCAAUUCUCUUACCUGCCAAUGAUGUUGUAGUGAAAUUAAUUCGAGAGGAGCAUAUAAAAGCAAUGCAUGCAGGCUCUUCAAUAUUACUCGCCCGGCUUAGAGAGAAAUUUUGGAUAAUUAGAGCCAAAAGAUUAGUAAAGCAGGUUCUUUCUGAGUGUGUGAUUUGCAAGCGUUAUAAAGCUAAACAUCUUGAAGUGCCCUUCGCUCCACUGCCUAGAGAUAGAGUUACUCAGACAAAGGUAUUUGAAGUAACAGGAGUAGAUUAUGCAGUCCUCUUUAUCUUAGGUCAAAAGGAAAGGCCUGGAUUGUUUUAUUUACUUGUGCUGUCUACAGAGCGGUGCAUUUUGAAUUAG